UAGCAGCUGUAAUCUAUACGGAACGGGACCGUUUUCCGAGUGAAAAUCCAGCAGGAAAAAAGUUCAAUUUUCGGGUUUUCUGCAGCCCACCGACCUUUUCGUGCUUGUUUGCUUCGAGUUUUGAAUAGUUGUGUAACUGUAAGUGCCGCUUUUGCGUUCAAUAGCCAGGAUGCCGACAAUGGUGGAACGAGAUGAUAAUGGCAACGAUUACGAGGCCAGUGAGUUUGUUCGAUUUGCACUGCGUUUCGGUGUGACCACCGCACUGCAUCCGUUUGAGUACGCUAAGGUUUUGAUGCAGAUCGGAUUUGAGCCAAUUCCAGCGGUGCCCGGCAGGACUCUGUUUGGCAAACCAACUUUAGUUCUACCGAACGUGUUUCAGUAUGCGGCUCAUAUCAAGCGUAUCGAUGGGUUCUAUGGCUGCUUCCGGGGACUGAGUGCCAAAAUCAUAGGCAAUCUGUUGAGUGCACAUUACAGCGAGAAACUUGCAGAUCAUCUAGGCAUUGAAAAGGUCAAGCAACCUAAAUCCGAAGAGGCGCGCCAGAAUGACGAAAAUGCAGCCGUAGAGGAAAUAGAUGAACAUUUUAAAAAGUCACUGAAGCGCAAUCUAGUUGUUCACACUGCCGGCGUUGUGAUUUCGCAACCUUUCCAUGUUAUUUCGAUUCGCAUGAUGGCCCAAUUCGUGGGUCGUGAGCGAAUUUACUCCGGUUUGUGGCAGUCGAUCAAGGAAAUCUGGUCCCAGGAUGGUCCGCUCGGUUUCUUUGCCGGCUUUUUGCCCCGUUUGAUAUGCGAUCUCGGGUGCCUGAUCAUAUCCAGCUCGGCAACCUAUUUGGUUAGCAAGUAUCUGAUCCGGGAGCACGAGGGACGGAUCUACUUUGCAUCGAUUUCCCAAUUCGUGGCAUCCAGCAUGUUCUACCCGUAUCAUGUCGUUUCAACAUGCAUGAUCGUUAACGGAUCAAGGCUAAAAGCCGGCAACUUACCGCAUAUGGAGCUGUACCGAGAUUGGCGCGAUUGCUACAGUAAAUUGAAGGCAUCCGGCAGUCACAAACGAGGAAGUUCAUUGUUUUUCAGAUAUGCCACUCGAAAGUUUCAGUCAUCGGCGAACGGAACAUUCGCUCCAUAUCCGGAAUUAAAGAAGUAUUAAGAGAGUUGAAUGUGAACAAAUGGCUGUGUGGUAACAAAUGACCAAUCACCAGUCAAUACUUCUUCGGGGGAACGUUCCGUACUUUCGUAAACCCUUCGUUUUUUAAUCAUUGUUCUAGCAUUUUCACUUGUUACAACCAAAAAUUUGCAUCAGUAUAUCGAAAGCGACAGUCGUUCGAGAGAAGAGAAUAACGUAUAUGCAGAAAAUCGACUUUCAAUUUACCUUUUCCGCGUGAAAUAAAAUACAACUUAAUAUGCGUAUAUAAGGCAACGACAUGGAUAGCAUUUUGAUCUUACAUUUUGCUGUGGCGGUUGGGCUCUCGUUAGCUCUAACCUUUUUUGUGAUUAUUCUCUGCAUUUGUCGGUUGUAAAUAUAUAAAUUUCGA